ACAAUUUAUGAAAACAGAAUAUACAGCCUUAAAAUAGAAUGUGGGCCUAAGUAUCCAGAAGCACCUCCAUUUGUAAGAUUUGUAACAAAAAUUAAUAUGAAUGGAGUAAAUAGUUCUAAUGGAGUGGUGGACCCCAGAGCCAUAUCAGUCCUAGCAAAAUGGCAGAAUUCUUAUAGUAUCAAAGUUGUUCUGCAAGAGCUUCGGCGUCUAAUGAUGUCUAAAGAAAAUAUGAAACUUCCUCAGCCGCCUGAAGGACAAUGUUACAGCAAUUAAUUAAAAAAAAAAAAACAAAAAACAAAAAACAAACAUGCCCCCCUUAUUCAAUUUAAGCUGUCUUCAUUUUCCACAGUAGUAAAUUUUCUAGAUGCAUCUUGUAGACCUCAAAAUACUGGAAACAAAGUUCCCAUUCAAAGGAAGUUUUUCUUGAGAUACUGUAAAUGAUACUAAUUUUUUUUCAUUUGAAAUAUAAGUUGUGCUAUAACAAAUAAUCCUGUCGUGUAACCACUGUCCACAUAGCUGAACUUCUGGUAUCAGGAAAAGUCUAUUUAAAUUUAUUACUGUCAAGACCAGUGUGGCACAUCUAACUUAACUGUGAAAGCAUACAUCCCACAAUCACCUUGCUGUGUGUCUGGCCUGGGUUUUUGGGUUUUUUUUCCUUUUUCUGUCUUUUGCAAUAGAGUCGAAGCUCAGGGCUAUUUAUUAGAGUAGACACAAAGGUUUUUGCUUCCAGUACUACACUGGGCUUUAUGGACUACUAAUGGGGAUGUGUGCUAACCUCAGUCAUCCCUCCCUUUGUGCUAUCUCUAGUAAAGGCUGAAUGUGACUAUGGUCGUUUUUGGGUUUUUUUGUUUUUUUUUUUUUUUAAAUGCCCUGAUAAUCUGGGGCAAGCUUUCCUUCUUCCCUUUGGCCAAGGCAUAGAUUGUAUUUCUCUUCCUGGUCCCCCUCACCAGUGACAUGGGCUUUGGGUGAGGGAUUCAGGGUUCUUUUAAUCUCUUCCCUCUUCCCCUCUUUUUAGUGGGGGUGCUGCUUUCUUUUUGCCCCUCUUUGUGACUCUUCUCACCCCUGGCCACCGGGGGUAAGCGUUGGGGCAAUAACUUGACCUGUUCCCUCCUGCUUGUAAUUUUGGGUUUGCAAAGACAAAUUUAGUCUUCACCAGCCUGGGAAACAAGAGUAUCUAUUCUGCUCGCAAACUUGGAUUUUCCCUGUCCCUCCAGCACUGCUGCCACACCGCCAAGCUGGCCACGGCUGAUGUUAUUAGAUAGGCUUUUGACGUGGUGAAAAGAGCAGUAAUUUACCAGGAUUGCGAAAUCUUCUGCUGCCAAACUUUAAUGGGGAAACUGCACGUAGAGAUUCUGAACACACACUCCGGCUCAAAUAGUUGUAUUUUGGUGCUUUGAAUUGACCCAAGAAUGUUAAUUUACUAAAUGUUGCACUUAUGUUUGGCCCUUCUAAAGAUGUGACGACUACAGACAAAUCAGUAUAGUAGCUUUUACUAGAAUUCUCUAAGUCUUGGAAGAGAAAUUUCUUCAGUGAAGAUUUUGGGGAAGUGACGCAUACAGCAGAUUAAGGACCUUUAUUGGCUUUGCAUCCUGGCAAAUCACUGCCUUUUCUCGUUUACUGUUUUGGACCACUAACUGCUGAAAUGUGGAUGCAAGCUUACAUACAACCAACCUAGUGUGUCCUAAGUUUUAUGACGAAUUCAGUGUUUGUGUAAAAAAAGGAAAAAAAAAAAAAGAAAAAAAAGUAAAAAUAAACACAUUUGAAAGCAGCAGCUAUCAAGUCAAUGAACAAUUGAUGUUUCCAUUAACUCUUUUGAGGAAAAUAUUAGUUGUAAGGAUUUAACAUCCUCUGUAAUUAAACUUUAACAUAACAGUAUUCCAUAAGCAGCCUUUUUAUUGUAUCAGACCAUUGCCUGAUUUUAAUAUAAUAAAAAGUGUGCAUUAAUAUUA